AUGUCGCAGGAGCAGGGACCCGAGGGCCUCGAGCGCGGCCUCGACGAGGGGCGGCUCGUCCUGGCAGUGGCUGAGCCAGCGGAGCGCCACGACGAGCACGAGACGCGGCUCGCCGGGCUUCGAGAGAGCGCCCGGGUGCCACCGCACGAGCUCGAGCAGGGCCAGCUCGUGGCUGCUGGGCCCGCCGUCGGCGCCGCGCUGCAGGGCCAGGCGCAGACCUCGCCGGCCGCAGCGCCGCAGGGCCCGGCCGCGCAGCAUGGUGCUCGCCUCGGGUGCGUCGUCGUCGGCAGCAGCGCGCCCCCGCCGGCUGCUUCUUCUCCUUCGGCGCGCUCUUCGGUGCCCGCCGAGGACGCUUCCUCUUCCUCGCCGGACGAGAACCAGCCGGACGCAGGUUCGCUGGCCUGUGACACAGAGUGUGACUCGAUGCCUGCCAUAGCAAGCACUGGGUCCCGUGGAGGAGGCACAGCUGAGCCCCUGAUGGCUGCCCCACCUGGCAACCCAGAGGCACUUCUGAAUGGUCAGCAGCAGCAGGCACCCUUUCGGCCGCCCAGGCAGCCGGCUACGCUGCAGCCGCAACCACAGCCACAGCCGCAGCCACUCAACCCGGAAGCCCUCGGGGAUCGUGGUGAACCCCGCCCACCAGGCCAUUGGGAGGUAGUGAAUGGUGAAAAGAGUGGACUGCGCUGCAAGGGCCCAGUGCAGAAGGGCUAUGGCGCUGCCCCUAUGGGCACCGUUGGUGCUGCCGCUCCGUCUUAUGUGGCACCCCCACACGUGGUGCUUUUGCACAUCAAUCCAGGAGAAACCAUCUUUUUCCAGAUGGGCGAUCAAAUGCAGUUUGUUCAAGGGCCUGCCACAGUGCAGCUUGUGUCCAACAGCAGUACACCUCCCAUGGCAGUGCCAGUCCAGGUGCCUCCGGGUCAUGUGAUGCAGCAGAUAGUGGACGAGAACGGCACACUACGCCACAUCAUCCUCUCGCCACAACCUCCCCAUGUCGCCAUGCCCCAGCCUCCUGCCUACACGGGAGCAGCGCCUGGUGCGGCCCAGCCCGCCUUCUACCCGUACCCGGCCACGGCUGCUGCUGGUCCAACUGCACAGGCUUCCCCUUCUACUGCGCCACCUUUUGUGGGCCAGUUUCACUCACCUGCUGCCAUGCAGUCCCAACUCAGCCCACACUCACCACAGGGCCAUGCAAAUCCAAGUGGACAGCCCCACAAGGAUGAGCGAUCGCAGAAGCAGUUCUUCAAGCUACGCAAGAAGCUAGAAUCUCGCCCUCCUCCCUCUGCUUCGGGUGCACACUCGGAGUCUCCUAGAUCAAGCCGCAGUUCACCAGGCCCCUCAGGUUGUGGCAGACUUAGCCAUGGAGCAGAACAACAAGUGGCUUUGCCACGGUGCCCAGAUGCCCUGGUGCAGCUGUCCUCUCUGCGGGUGCCGACGGUGUCGCAGCUGAGUGCGCGGCAAGCAGUGGCAUCUUGGAGCGCCCCUGAGACGGCUGGGGGAGCCACACUGGAUGGUGUAGCCUACGAGCUUCUCCUUUCCGAGAAGGGCUUGGACAGGCCUGCCAAGCUGUUCAAAUGUGGCAAAUCGUUAGAACAAAAGCUCGAAGAUCUGAAGCCCGCGACAGAAUACUUGCUGUGCAUUCAAGCCCAUUUGGAUGACAUUCGAGGAAGCCCUUCACCUAGUGUUGAGUUCAAGACAAGCAGCUGUGAACCAGACACACCCCAGCCGCCCAAACUGGUGUCUCGAACCAAAAAUACACUAGUGCUAAAAUGGAAUGCUCCCUCCGACAAUGGUUCCAAGAUCACCUGCUACAUGCUUGAGUAUGACCAGGGUAACGAUGGCCAGUUUGUGCCCGUGUUCACGGGGCUGCAGAAGCAGUUCAAGGUGUCCAAGCUCGCUGCCUCAACUUUCUACAGCUUCCGUUUGGCGGCAACCAAUGCAGUGGGGACCAGCCCAUGGAGUGGUGUGAGCCGCUUCACGACAAGUGGGGCUGCCCCGCCUGCCCCGGAGCCACCAAAGGUGGUUCAGGUGACUUGCUCUACAGCAACACUCGAGUGGAACACCCGGCCCUGUGACGACUCCUACACCCUCUCGAUAGAGCAGGAGGGAUCGCAACAUGGAUUCUUGCCAGUUUACAAUGGGUCUGACACCAAGUUCACCUGUACGCGUCUUGUCCGCAAGACUGAGUACAGGUUUCGGCUGGUUGCCCACAAUGAGGAAGGCUCAAGUGGGCCGAGCCGUGUUGGAAGCCUGCAAACACUGGCUGACAGACCAGGAAGGCCAUCACGCCCCAGUGCAAAGGGGCGUGUCCACAGCAAUCACUUCUUGGCAGCUUGGGAUGCACCAAAGGACGACGGUGGUGCACCUGUUACUCAGUAUUGCUUGCAAAUGGAUUCAGGAAAAGGAUUUGAUGCAGUCUAUACUGGUUCAGAGAGGGAAGCCACAUGUUCUGGCUUGGAACCUGGCUCGUCAUACAGGCUCAGAGUGAACUGCACCAGUUGUGGAGGUACCAGUGAUUUUUCGGAGGUGUCUACUGUCGUAACGGCAGCUCUCUGCCCUGGAAUAUGCGACCCUCCCCGGCUUCAUGGGAAACCCAAAGCCAUUUCAGCGCAUCUGCGUUGGGGAGCAGCAUCGUCAACGGGUGGUGCCGCUGUGACGGCAUACGAGCUCCAGGUGUCGGAGGAAGAUGACAGCCAGUCACGAGUGGCUUACCGAGGCCCCGACAUGGAUUGCACGGUGGCAGGCCUCUUACCAGGCUGCACCUAUCUGUUCCGUGUGCGGGCAGUCAACUCGGUUGGGGCGGGGCCCUGGUCGGAGCCUCUGCAGGCACAGAGUGGUGCGGGUGCCCCGGACACACCAGCCAAUCUGGCUGUCCAGGUGAAAGGUGCAACCUGUGCUGCAGUCUCGUGGGAUGAAGCGGUCUGCCACGGAGCUCCGGUCUCGGAGUAUCAGCUCGAGUGUCGUCGUGCUGGCGGGGAAGAGGAUGCUGCCUACGUGCAAGUGUAUGCUGGACGCAACACCCACUACGAAGCACGCAGCCUUGAGCCAGCCUCCACUUACUGCUUCCGCGUCAUGGCUUGCAGCAGCGCUGGUUCGAGCACCUUCUCUGACCCGGUAGAGUGCAGCACGCCUGCUGGUGUCCCUGGACCUGUCGGGCCUCUGACUUGUGUCAGGGGUCCCACCAGCCUUGAAGUGUCCUGGUCUGCGUCUGCAUGCCAUGGUGCUGACAUCACCCACUAUCUGGUCGAAGUCUGCGAAGGAUUACCAGUGCACAGUCAGGCACAGGCACCAAGCCCAAUGACAUCGACGCCUGUGACGCACACUACUGAGGGCACCCAGAUUCUGCUCACAGAUUUGCAACCAGAAACGAACUACAGGGUGCGGGUGCAGGCUGUGAACGCAGUCGGCGCGGGCCCCCUGAGCAGCCCCGCAUUGCGCACAAGCACGCAGGCACUGCCACCACCUGCACCAACCCUCGAGUGCCUCUCGACUGGGCACAACAGCAUGCGGUUGCGCUGGACCGACCACCAGGCAGCACGAGAUGUGCUCCACUACACGCUCGACAUGGAAGUCAAGCCUGGCAUCUUCGCGAUGCUAUACCAGGGGCCCAGCCGCUCAUACAAAGCUCUGCGGCUCCAGGAGAACCAAGCUUAUAGGUUCCGUGUUCGUGCUUCUAGCGAUGCUGGAGACGGGCCCUACUCGGAACCUUACACCUUCACGACAAGCCGUGCUGUGCCACCUGCCGUCAGAGCACCACGUGCCAGUCCAUUGGGUGAGAGCAGCUGCUUGCUGGAGUGGCAGCCUGUGAAGCCCGUGGGCGAUGACCCCAUCAGCUACGUUGUGCAGCUGCAGCAUUCGGGCAACUCUGAAUUCUCUGUGGUGUAUCGUGGUCGGGACACCAGUUGCACCCUGAGCAACCUUGUGCCACGGGGUGCCUUCCACUGGGCCCGUGUGGCCGCCGUGCGCCACUGUCCACAGAGCCCCGAGCCCCUGUGUGGUCCGUAUGGGCCUGCCACCUCCUUCCAGCUAAGUGCCCCCUCUGCGCCUGCCUCCGAGCCAGCCAGCGAGUCUGCCACUGGUGCAGCUCGUAGCACAACUUGGACCCUUGGAGACCAGCAGUGGGCAGGGCUCCUGGUCGGUGGCUUCACCCUGGCAGCUGUCCUGGUGGCUGUGCUGCUUCAAGAGCUGGUAUCCUGGACACAAUGACCAACACAGGGCACAGCUACUGCACUGAUGAUCCAUUCUCGCAGUGCACCGAAGGAAAGCUUGCCUUUGAUGCCAGCUGCAGAAGCAAUCUGUAAACGUGGGCCAAACUGUGCGUGGAGCUUUUCGCCGAUCGACCCCAACUGGACUCUGUGCAUGAACUCGUCGUAGGCACGGUGUCUCUCCUCGUCUGUCGGCGUGCCGCCACCCGUCUCGCUUCCGAGAAGUGUUGCGCACACGCCUAUUGGAGCUUCGCGCUCAGGGUCUAGAAGCCGUAGAUGAUGCACUUGUUUCCCUGCACUCUUGUUGUGAGGCAAUCUCUGAAGCCUGCUUGUGGUCCAAUGUGGCUCUUCUGUCCUGGGCACUAUUGCUGUGAAAGAAUGGGUGGGGCGGGGGAGUGCUGUGGGUUGGUGGGGCAUCGUGCAAUGUUGUCUGCCUUUCUUGGCACUCAAUGUCAUGACCUCUCUGUUUCUAUGUCUGUUGGCUGCUUGGUACCAUGUGGGCUUUUAAAUGUGUGUGUGUGUGCGUGUCUGGAUGUCUGUGAUGUCUUGCAUGAUGAAGGGCUCUCUUAGUUCCAGGUGAGUGCUCCUGUGUGUGUGCAUGUAGAAAUGUGUGCAUACUGUGCACGCUGCAGCAAUGUGCAUGUUUCAAGUGUGGCUUUCUGAACCUGGCAGAACUUGUGAUCUCUGUUGCUUCUGUGCUUUUACAAAGUUGACAUGUUGGGGAUGUUAAAUGGACAAAGGUCUUCAGCCAGGCUUAACACUCUGGGGUAACUUCAAGGCUCAGGGGUGUGGUACACAUUUACAUUGGCAGCAGUGCUGACAAGUCCACUUUUCCUGUUUAUCAAUUUUUUUCCCCAAGUAUUUCAAUGCAUGUUCAUAUUGCCACUUUUAUUGGUGGGGUCAUCUGUGCGAGACAUUUGCUAAUGCGCACCACGUUUUGUCUGGUCACACAACUGCGUCCUGUAGUUAAGUCUUCCCAUUCCUUGCAAUGGACCAGAUGUGCUCAGCCAGUGCCAGAUCUCUCGAACACUUUUUUUUUUUCCUUCCUGUCUCAUUUUUCUUGUUUCUUCACAAUACUCGAGCCUUUUGGAUCACUUACUCAUUUCUCUUUUCUCUUUGGUUCCUCGGUUGGCACCUUACAAUACUGAGCCAGCCACCAUAUAUGUACACUUUAUACACUUUUUUUCCCCCUUUAUUGCAAAUAUGAGGUUCAACAUUUGGACCCCUUUGGAGAUUGUUGUAAUGUCACAGUUCCUGGAACAAAUCGCUGAGAAUGUCUUCUGGCAUUUGACAAGCCGGUCAACUGUGUUAUACUGUCGCUGAUGCUUUUGGGUGCAGUUGUUCAAAACUCAUUGUGGAAUCCUAGUGUGUCAUUGCAGUCUGUGAGCCGCAUUGUUCUCCCACGAAUGAAUGUCUAGUGUUGCAGCACUCCCGGUGCCACAUUGGGUCUUGACUCGAAGUAAUGCAUUACUCUUGUGUUUUUUUUUUUUUUUUCAAAACUGGGUGUAUCUAUGUGUGUGUGCGCGUGUGUGUGCGUGUGCGCAUGUGUGUGCACGUGCGUAUGUGUGCGCACGCACGCUGUUCUUGUAUGCCUUAUUUUUUACAGAUGUAUAAAACUUCCUUCUGGGAUGUACUUACUCGCUUUGUUGUUGUUGUUUUAGAGCUGUUGCCUUUUUUACACAGCCACUUGCAUUUCCCAGCACAAGCCUUCAGUGUACUAGUUUGCUAUGCAGUAAGCAGUCAUAAGCCAGCAGCUACCUAUUUGCACUCUGUUUACGGGCUACAAAUUUUUUGUAACUUUGGGUUUUUAUCAGAUUUUGGCUUUGUUUAUGCAACUGACUUCUGCCUUUGUUCAAACAAUUUGCUUUGUUCAGCUGAAAAAAAAAAAGAGCCUUGCAUUUUGCUUUGCUACGGUUUAUGAAGUGCACUAUGAUGGUGCUUUCUGUGGCAGUUAGCAUUUUAUUGUGGCGAGAAAACAAAAUGGGCUUACUGACAAGGUUUUCGAGACCUUACUUUGCUCAUAGCCAUUUGCAUGGCCUCCUGCGUAUCCCUUGCUUCCUGGAUGGUGGGUCGCUCGGCAUUGACCCUGCGCCAGGUUGGCCAUAGCCACAUCAAUAAUACAUUUUGCAUCCAAGCACUGCACACUCGCGCACGUUAAUUGUGUAAAGUUGUUAGUAAAUUUGCCAUUAUGCCCUGAAGUUCUUCUUUUCUCUCUUGCAUGUCAUUAGAAAAGUGUGGCAUUGUCGCCUUGUUUUGUUAAACCCCUCCCAAGUAACUGACCAGUGCAUUUGGGUUCUUUUGAUGAAACUGUGCACAUAGCAUUGCAAGAUCGAGCGUUACUGCCGGUGAUCGGCACAGACAUGUUGGCAGUAAAAAUGCACUGCUGCAUCAUGCUGUGGUAAUCAAAAAAACAAAACAAAAGGUGCUGAUUGAAGGCCCAGUCAGGAUUUAGGUAGAGCCCGUGAUGACAUAGUGUGGUUGGAUUGUGGUGUGCUGGAAAAUGGUGAGAGGGUAUUCUCUCUCCCUUUUUUUUUCUAUUUUAGGUGCAGUGACGUUGGCUUUUGUUUUUUUAGCGAGAUUGGCUACUCUGGGAGCAAAAAAGCAGGACUUUACGGGAUUCCUUGGAGAACAAGCAUUUAGUCGCCGUUGCAGGCCCUUUGUCGUGCUGGGCAUUUCUUUCGUUGCUCCGAACUUGACUGCAGAGUAAGUUCAGAGCGCUCUUGGGGCCCCCGACAGCACUGCAUUAUGUUUGUGAAGAAGUUUGUGCAUAUGUGAAUGUGCAGGGAUGAGUUAUGAAAGUGAGCACUUGAGCGUGAGGUAUUUUUGACAUGCAUGUGACCAGUCCACAUUGUUUUAUCUGUGCGCUGAAGUUUUUACAUAUCUAUGGGUUUAUUAACAGAAAAAUUUUAUUUUCUUAAAUAUACAGUAGUAUUACUUGUCUAUAAUAUAUAUAUAUACAUAUACAUAUUGAGAUAUAUAUAUAUAUCUACAGAAUGCGUCGUAUAUAUAAUAUACAUAUGCUCUCCAGAUGUUUUACACGCAUUUCUUGUUACUUGUGUGUUCUGUUACUGACGAGUUUUCUUGGAAAAACAGCGAAGUGUCAAGGUACAGUGUGCAUUCUUCCAUAAGAUAGUGUUUGCUGUAACUGUUCCUUCCUGUACACAUAUUGUUUUGCUCACUACAACUAAUUUUCUUUUUUCGCUCUUGUAUGAUACCUGUAUAUUGCUAAAUGAAUAAACGUAUUCACAACACA